GGGCCGGGCCGCGCGCCACCAUGCUGGGCCUGGACGCGUGUGAGCUGGGGGCGCAGCUGCUGGAGCUGAUCCGGCUGGCGUUGUGCGCCCGAGUCCUCCUGACCGACAAGGAGGGUGGACAGCCACAGCCAGACGAAGUGCUGGAUGAGGCUGUGCCCCAGUACCAGGCGCCAGGCAGGAAGAGUGUCGUAGAGAUCCAGCAGUUGGACCCUGAAGAUGAGAGCCUGGCCAAGUACAAGCGGGUGCUGCUGGGGCCUCUGCCACCUGCCGUGGACCCAAGCCUGCCCAACGUACAGGUGAUGAGGCUAACACUGAUGUCUGAGCAGGCACCAGGGCCCAUCAUCAUGGACCUCACAGGGGACCUGGCUGCACUAAAAAAACAGGUGUUUGUCCUGAAGGAGGGUGUUGAUUACAAAGUGAAGAUCACCUUCAAGGUCAACAGGGAGAUCGUCAGUGGCCUCAAAUGUCUGCAUCACACCUACCGUCGGGGACUGCAAGUGGACAAGGCUGUCUGCAUGGUGGGCAGUUAUGGCCCAAGUGCCCAGGAGUACGAGUUUGUGACUCCGGUGGAGGAGGUGCCGAGGGGUGUGCUGGUGCGGGGCCCAUAUGUUGUCACAUCCCUCUUCACUGAUGACGACAGGAUGGACCACCUCUCCUGGGAGUGGGGCCUCCACAUCUGCCAGGACUGGAAGGACUAA